AUGAUGAGGUCUUUCGCCCAGUUCGCUUCCUCCUGUGCUCUCGCAGCACUCAUGGCAAGCACAGCCCUUGCCAACUCAGUCCUCCUCCAUUCGGUGGAUCAUUUGGACAGAACGGUAACGUUCACGCCUCACUCCUACUGUGAGGGACUCGAACCCGUUUUCGUGCCCGGCGGGCACUCAAUCUGGAAGCACAACAUUCCCCACGGCUGGGGAGGAAUGAUCAUGGCAGCACUACCUGGCGGCAUCCAUCCCAUCCACCGUGUCAUCGCAGAGGUCCAGUUCCAGGGGUUCGAGGGACAGGCCCAUUUCGACAUCAGCGCCGUCGAUAACCACAUGGAUGACACAGGCGUUCACUGGAUGUAUCCCCUUGGUGUCGAGCUGACCAGAUAUCUCAAGCCUGGUUGCGACCACUUCCCCUGCGACAACUGCUACCUGAUCUGGAAUGACAAGCACAACCGCGUCACUGAAAAGACGGAGUUUGUUAUUGAGAUUGGACAGCUUCUGGGCGUGGGAAUUUAUCGGUAUUCGGGGCCUGAAAAGUCCUUGGUUGUUUUUGGUGUUUUAUGGCUGGAUUUGGUGGAUUUGGCGGAUCUGGUGGAUCUGGUGGAUUUGGAUGGGUCUCAUGGUUGCAUUGCGGAUUUGGGAUUUGGGAUUUGGAAUGAGUAUGACAGAUGCGAUUAG